ACUUUCACUAAGUAAAACUGCGAUAAACAGCACUAUCACAGCUGAAGAAAUGGCAGGGCUGGUUAUUGAUUCAGCAGGAGAGACAGCGGAGGGACAGAUGCUCCUGAUGUACACUGCCAGGCUCCCUUAGGGCAUCCAUCGUGCCCAUUUCCUGUCAAUCCUGCUCCACAGAGGAGCAGAGGAGGACAGGAGGGACGCACUGCCCUGCAGGCCUCUGAGAACGGAUAUUUGGAUGCAGCUCAACUGACAGUCCAUGAGAUGAUCCAGGUGAGGCCCUCCGAGGCUCGGAGUCAGUGUAGAGCAUCUAUGGAGUUUGUAAAACCAGGGAGUGGACAGCAGUCUCUCCCUGAAUUCGAUCAUUCAGGCUGCUUCCUGUCUGAGAGAGUGGGUGACCUGCUUUGGGCCGAGCAUGUGAUCUGCAACCCCUACGCCUCUGAAACUAAAGGGAAAGCAGGCUGGGGAGAGGGAGAGUGGCAAAGUGGGCGUGAGGAGAGCUGGAGGAGUCAUACCACCUCUCCUCCUGCUGGUUCCCAUCUCCUUAUCCAUUCUCUUGGCAAACAAGUCAUCCCAAACCCUCUGCUGCUCUGCCAGGAUCAGGCUGGGGCGGAGGAGGGGGACGAGGGCUGCAACAGCAUGCUUACCAUCCAGGAGGAAAAACUUUCUGCAGGAAGCGAUGACGCCAAGCAGCACCCUGACUCUCGACCAGGCUGCCGAGUCAGAACAGUCUGGAGAAGGUGGCUCUCUCCUUGGCUGAAGAGGAAAUACGCCUCUAAAAUGUUUACAAACCAAUCCCUGACAAACUCCAAAGAAACAACCAAGAAACCUCUCAGUGGUUUCUGGAGGUGGUUGACUCUCAGACAUCUGCUGCUCCAGGCUGGAUCAGGACAUCCUCACCUUGUAACGAGUGACCACCUGCACACGUGUCAGUCUGCUGUUGAGUCUCUGCAGCCUCGCUUCAUGUCCAGCCCCUUGAUGCUCAGGAACAGAUGCUUCCUGGAUGAUGGCGAGCUUGUUAUGCCGUCACACAAGGACAGAGUGGUCGGGAGACCUUUCUUGGAGACCAGACUAAGCCCACUUGAACUUCCUGCCACUGAUUCAAGUCAGAGAGAAGGUGAGAAUGACGAGAGAGAUGAAGACAGGGCAUCGGGCUCCUGUCACAUGUUGAGGGCUUUUCAUUGUCACACCGGUCCUGAACUGAGACUCCACUUUGGGGAGGAAUCAGACUCCGACCUGGAGGAGCUGCUGGUUGAGGAUGAGGAUGAUGGUGGUGGCGAGGGGACUGACACAGACUGAGCAUGAGAGUCAACAGGACAGCCGUAAUUAUAUCGACUGUUCCCUGGUUCACUGAAUCAAUACAGUGAUGGCCAGUGUGAAAUACUGCUGCCUUCAGUGCUAUGCGUAAACUCCUGCUUGUGACAGAUUUCAGGUGAAGACACAAACAUAAUUACUCUUAGCUGUUGUUUUGUUGAAAAAAGCAAGCUGCCCAGAACUGCAGACAGUGGUGAAGUGUAACUAAGUACAUUUACUCCUGUACUGUUCUUUGAGGUACUUGUGUUUCCAUUUCAUGCCACUUUCAUACUUCUACUCCAUUACAUCUUAGAGGGAAAUGUUGUACUUUUUACUCCACUACAUUUAUUUGACAGCUUUAGUUACUUUUCAGAUUAAGAUUUUGUAUUCAAAACAUGUGAUCUUAUAAUAUUCGAUUCAACCAAUAGCUUAAACGACCCAACAGUAUAAAACAUCGUCAAAAUGAUCUUUAUCAUGACCAGCUACAACAGUUAAAUGCUACUUACAUAUUAAUCAAUCAGUAAUAUUAAGCCAAUAAUGUAUAAUAGUAUAACACUUUAACACUCACAGGGCCAUUUUUCUGCAGUAUGAGUACUUUUAUUUUGA